AUGCACGUCGAUGAAAUGUGCAAUCCUUCUGGACAGCUGCUACCUUCAAAGAACUCAAAAAAUAUUGGUAACGAAAAUACAAGCAAUUAUAAAUCGUUUUCACAUCAACAAAGAAGCUUAAAAUCUCCUUCUUCAAUUCUAAAUGUUAAAACAUCAUUAUCUAACAUUUCCAAUGAAAUGUGCACUCCUUGUGGACAGUUUCGACCUUCAAACAGCUCAAAAAAUGUUGGUAACGAAAAUACAAGUAACUAUAAAUCGUUUUCAUAUCAACAAAGAAGCUUACAAUCUCCUUCUUCAAUUCGAAAUGUUAGAACACCAUUAUCUAACAUUUCCAAUGGCAUAUAUAAUUCUUAUAAUAACAUCCAAACACCAAUAUCAAAUAGCAGACAUCAAUCUUUCUUUUCCAAUGGCAUGCAAUCCAUCAACUCGUCGACUAUAAUUCAACCUUCUUCUUCUGAUAAUUUAACAAGACGAAACCAGAGAUUAAAAAGGAAGCCUACCAACAUAUCUGCAAUUCCUAUGUUUGACUUUACAAUACACGGAGAAGUUAAUGAUCAACAUACCCAUGCAAACAUAGUUAAAGGUGUAUCAAAAGAUUACAUUGAUCAUGGUGACCAGAAUGUUGUAUGUCAAAUAUGUAAUGCAAAGUUAUGGACAACUGAAUCUAUUAGAGGAAAAGAUAAACAGAAUACAAGUUUUUCACUAUGUUGUGGUUAUGGCAAGGUUGAGUUGCCAGAUUCUAAAGAAGCGCCACCAACUUACCUAAAUCUUUUUCGUUCAACAGAUUCUAAAUCCAAAUACUUCAUUAACAACAUUCGUCGUUACAAUUCAAUGUUCUCAUUUACCUCAAUGGGUGGGAAAGUUGAUGCAUCCAUUAAUAGUGGAAAAGCUCCAUUCAUAUUCAGACUUGGCGGUCGAAAUUAUCAUAGAAUUGGAAGUUUGUUACCCUUAAAUGGAUCUAAACCAAAAUUCUCUCAGUUAUACAUAUAUGACACCGAUAAUGAGGAGUCAAAUAGGCAAACAAUUUUUGGGUAUCCUUCUGUGGUUAGACUUCCUUUUCAUCUUCCUGAUCAACAACAAGUUAUUUAUGAUCCAGAUGAUGAUAUCGACAAUAUCCUUGACAAACCGUCUGUUGCAUCUUUAAUGUUCACAUCUUGGCUUGAGUGUAACAAGAUCUAUAAACAAGCCCGAGAUCUUACUUAUGUUGAAUUCCCUACAAAGUUUGUGUGGAAAGCUAAUUCACGGAAAUGGGAACCAAGGGAAAUAGGAUUUUUAAUUGGGAGAAUUCAUGCUGUUUCACCUAAACUUGGUGAAACAUAUUUCUUAAGAAUUCUUUUAAACAAGGUCAGAGGUCCAACAUCUUUUGAAGAUAUCCGAACAGUAAAUCGAGAAAUAUGUCCUACUUUUAGAGAUGCAUGUUACGCUUUAGGACUUCUAGACGAUGAUAAAGAGUAUAUUGAAGCUAUUAAAGAAGCAAGCCAUUCAGCUACUGUUAUUACCUACAAUUUAUCCCUUACUGAUCAUCAAUUGAAGAACUUGACUUUGUUUGAUAUUGAAUCAUUUCUACUUCGUAACAAUUCCACCCUCAAGAACUUCAAAGGCAUGCCUUACCUAGAUUUUGAUUGUGUAUCUUCUUCUAAUAAUCGUUUGAUUGCUGAGGAGUUAUCUUAUGACAUCACAAGUCUUCAAAACGAAUUUCAGACACUGAUUGUUUCAUUAACAAAUGAACAACGAGGUGUUUUUGAUGAUGUCAUGGCAGCAAUUGAAGAUAAUAAAGGAGUUAUUCGUAUUCCUGAAUAUCUUCUUAUUACUCAAUCUUCUGAUCCUAUAGGUUCAUUAAUUGAGUUUGUAUAUCCAUCACUUCUUGACAACUUGAACGAUCCCAAAAUUUUUGAAGAAAGAUCAAUACUUGCACCGAAAAAUGAAGUUGUUCAAGAAAUAAAUGAUCGUCUGCUUUCAUUGUUUCCUUGA